AUUCAAAAUUGAAUACUAAACAACUCAAACUUUCUAUUAUUGUCUUGGAUCCACAAUUAAUCCUACGGAUCCCUAGGAUUGGUAGAAUUGGUAGAUUCUUAUACAUAUUCCGUGGGUUCGGCCUAUGACUGUGGAUAUUAAGUCAAGUAUACGAACUCCUUCUACCUAUCUUGUAUAUUGUCCUUUUCGUUCCGUAUUAGAAUAGAAACUUAUUCGGUCUUAUAUUAGACGGGAUUCGACGAAAAAAAAAUUCUUCAUUUCAUAAAAUAGAAGAUAUAUUCUUUAUUUUUUUUAUAUAAAUUUGACCUGACCUUGGAAAUUCUGCCUUUUUUCUUUUUCUUUAGAAUUUUUUCAAAUUUUAAAGAUAAAGAAAAAAGUUCUAUCAUAUUCAUAUACAACGAAGUUAUAUCACGGAUUUGUACAAGAAAGAAUUACUUCUUUCAAUAGAAUAUACUUAAGAAUACUUACUCAUUUUUCGUUAAUAAUCUGCGUGAUUGGAUCUAGAUGCUUAUUCUGACAAGAAAUGUUCAAAUUGAUUUUCAUCGAAUGACUAUUCAUCUAUUUUAUUUUCAUGCGAAUAGGGCGCAAGAAAGCUCUAUGAAAAAAUGGUGGUUCAAUUCGAUGUUGUCUAAGAAAGGGUUCGAACAUAAGUGUGGAUUAAGUAAAUCAAUGGACAGUCUUGGUCCUAUUGAAAAUACCAGUAGAAAGGAAGAUCCGAGUCUAAAUGAUACAGAAAAAAGCAUUCAUAGUUGGAGAAAUGGUGACAAUUCUAGUUACAGCAGUAAUAUUGAUAAUUUCUUUCGUGUCAGGGACAUUCCGAAUUUCAUCUCUGAUGAUACUUUUUUACUUAUAGAUAGUAGGGGGGACAGUUAUUCCAUAUAUUUUGAUAUUGAAAAUCAAAUUUUUGAGAUUGAUAACGAUCAUUCUUUUCUGAGUGAACUACAAAGUUCUUUUUCGAAGUAUUGGACUUCAAGUUAUCUGAACUCGAAAUCUAAGAGUGACGACACUUAUAACGAUCGUUCCGGAUAUUAUACUAAAGAUAGUUGGAAUAAUCACAUUAAUAAUUGCAUUGACAGUUAUCUUCAUUCUCAAAUCAGUAUUGGGAGUUCCAUCCUAAGUGGUAGUGACAAUUCCAGUGACAGUUACAUUUUCAAUUACAUUUUUAAUGAAAGUGGAAAUAGGAGUGAAAAUUUCAGUAAAAGAACGAGCACAAAUGAUAGUAAUUUACCUAGAAUAGAAAGUUCUAAUAAUCUUGAUGUAACUCAAAAAUAUAAACAUUUGUGGGUUCAAUGUGAAAAUUGUUAUGCAUUAAAUUAUAAGAAAUUGCUUAAGUCAAAAAUGGGUAUUUGUGAACAAUGUGGAUAUCAUUUGAAAAUUAAUAGUUCAGAUAGAAUUGAACUUCUGAUUGAUCCGGGUACUUGGAAUCCUAUGGAUGAAGAUAUGGUCUCUAUGGAUCCUAUUGAAUUUCAUUCAGAGGAGGAAGCUUAUAAAGAUCGUAUUGAUUCUUAUCAAACAAAGACAGGUUUAACUGAAGCUGUUCAAACAGGUAUAGGUCAAAUAAAUGGUAUUUCUAUAGCAAUUGGGGUUAUGGAUUUUGAGUUUAUGGGAGGUAGUAUAGGAUCUGUAGUAGGGGAAAAAAUCACCCGAUUGAUUGAAUAUGCUACCAAUAAAACCCUACCCCUUAUUAUAGUAUGUGCUUCCGGGGGGGCACGCAUGCAAGAAGGAAGCUUGAGCUUAAUGCAAAUGGCGAAAAUAUCGUCUGUUUUAUAUGAUUAUCAAUCAAAUAAAAAGUUAUUCUAUGUGUCAAUCCUUACAUCGCCUACUACUGGUGGGGUGACGGCCAGUUUUGGCAUGUUGGGGGAUAUUAUUAUUGCCGAACCUAAUGCCUACAUUGCAUUUGCGGGUAAAAGAGUAAUUGAACAAACAUUGAAUAAGACAGUACCUGAAGGUUCACAAGCAGCCGAAUUUUUAUUCCAUAAAGGUUUAUUUGAUCCAAUCGUACCACGUAAUCUUUUAAAAGGCGUUCUAAGUGAGUUAUUUCAACUGCAUGCUUUUUUUCCUUUGAAUCAAAAUAAAGUCGCGGAUUAAAGUUUAAAGUCAAUUAUUUUAUUUGUGUCAAAAAGUAUUUUUUUUUUAUUGGAAUCUAUCGGAAUAAAAGGAAAAACCAGAAAUGAAGGAUGGGGUUUUUUCGUUGGCGAUAUCCUAAUUUUUGAAUAAAAAAACAAAGACUUCAAAAAUAGCUUUUUUAGAUCUUUCAAUAUUUUUUGUGAAUCUUUAUUAACAAUACCCCUUGGAUCAAACUAUAACGAAUCCUUUGUAAAUUUAAUUUAUAAGAAAUCGUGUACUUUCUUGUAGUAGAAGCAAAAUAAAGAAAAAAAAGAUGACGAAUACUAAAGUAAAGUUGAUUAUCAUAUAUUAUAUGUAGAAAAUGAAUUUCUUUUGUAGUUCUACAUUCCUUGUACUUCUUAAUAUACUAUAUUAAUUAUAUUAAUUUUAUAGAAUUAGAAUUCUAAUUAAUUUAUUAAUAUAAUAACAAUAACAUAAUAACAACAAAAAAUAUAACAAACAGGUACAAUUACAAUACAAUUAUAGUAAAUC